AUGGGUGAUUCUGCUUCAACCUUUAUUGCUCAGCCAACGUCUCAUCCUGCAAAAUCCAGCCUACCCAUGUUGUAUUAUGGCCUUGUGGUCAUCGGAACGGCGACGAUUGUGUUGGUUCUUUACAAUCUCAUCAUUAUCAAGUGGUGCUCCGACGACAGCCACGGGCAAGCUUCAACGGCACUGGCUGGAAGUUAUGCAGAGAUGGUGAAUUCAAGCCGUAGCUUCCAGAGUUCUAAUAGGAAUUUGUUGUCGAGCUUCAAAUUCAAGAAGGGGUCGAUGGCGACGGCGGCGGCGACUGCGACGAUCGAGGAAGAAGGGAUUGGGAAUGAAUGUGCAGUUUGUUUAUCGGCGUUUGAGGAUGGGGAAGAGGUGAAGAAACUGCCAAGAUGCACGCAUAUGUUUCACGCCCCUUGUAUAGACAUGUGGCUUUACUCUCACUCCGAUUGCCCCCUCUGCCGUGCACCGGUGAUGGCACCGGCGCUGUGCCAACGCCACACGGCGGAGUAA